GUCAAUAGCUGGUGAGCAACUGUGCGUGAAGCCCUGUAGUUUCCAGAUCUUCUGGGAAGAAAAAAAAAUUAAGAUUCCAGUUUUUCCAAAUGUCCAGUUUCGACAGACCAAGCUAACUCUUUGUUUCAUUGGAACAGCAAUGCUGAAUCGCAUGUUGGACUGUCCUGCGCUCUAUGGAUACUUUCUCUAAACCAGAUGGAGGAGGAGUGAUAGCAGGGGAGGGAGCUACAACUACAGCUACAGCUACAGCUACAGCUCUAGCUACAACUACAGCUACAGGGAUAGGAAGCCAUACUGAGGAUCGCAGGGCGCGCGAGCUCUAUCGCUACUUCCAACCGGCCAACCCUGCAGCGUUGACCGCGAGCAGACUCCCAGCAGUUGACGAUGUCGGCGAUCUGAUUUCCUCCGCGGCGGCAGCCUCCAUCCUCGAUGUCGCCAUUACGACUUCUGUCCCCAUCGCGGUGGGCGAGGCUGGCUCGAACUCCGAUCCCUUGAUCAGUCCGAAUCUGGCCCUGACUUCGUUUGCGCAGCUGGCGACCUUGCGCUUGAAUACCAAGCGGGCGCUGAUCAGUUUGAUCGGCCGCGAAGCUCAGUUCAUACUUGCAGAGGCGACUCGCAGCCUCGACAUUAGCAACACAACGCGAUACGAGAGGGAAGGAGAUGGGCUCUGGGCGGGGUGCUCCACGGUUACGCAGGCCUGGAGCGUAUGCCAGGACACCGUCCAGCUGCACGCGAGUCAGGAUUCCUCGCAGCGUGAGCUCCUCAUCGUCGACGAUCUGAGCCAGGACGAGCGGUACAAGCGCCUGCCGUUCGUGCAGGAGGACCCCCAUUUCCGAUUCUAUGCGGGGACGCCUCUGACGACCGAAAAUAACAUCAACAUCGGCUGUCUGUUCGUGCUGGAUACGGAUCCGCGGGCCGGCCUGACCCAGGUCGAGAGGGACACCCUCGGCGCCCUGGCGCGGAUGGUCAUGGACUUCCUCCGCGUCAGCCGGCAGGCGUCCGAGGGCCGCCGGGCAGCGCGGCUCUCGCGCGGGCUCAGCUGUUUCGUCGAGGGCAGCUCGAGCUUCGUCGACAGCGUGCACUCCUCCGGCCAGUCGUCCAGCGUGUGCAGCUCCGGCGGGCCGCGGUUCUCGUCCACGUCGCCGUCGAACAACGUGCGGUCCAGUGUCUCGGGGGCCUCGCGCAACAGCAGCCUUGACGUCCGCUCCGGCCAGUCGCAGAGCGGCGGCGAUGACCGCUCCGUCAUCUCGAACCAACCUGGUGGCGACACCGGCACCUCUGCUGACCUGACCACCCCGUUGCCCGAAUGGUGGGCGGGCAACAACCAGCACCACCCUAACAAUAAGGGCAUCCCGACGCACGACUCGCACAGCAACUCUUGGGCGUUCCGCCGCGCGGCGAACCUGCUGCGCGAGUCGCUCGAGUUGGACAGCGAUGGGGGUGUCAUCUUCCUCGAGGCUAGCAACAGCCCCCUGUCCGAUGCUGAGGCCGCCAGCCCAGCCCCGGUGCUGGCCAUCUCCACCAACGAUGAACCUUUCGCCUCGCAAGCCGGCGGCUCGAUUGCCUCGUGUCCUGCAGCGAGCCUGGACCGGGCAUUUUUGAACCAGUUGCUGCGGCGGUACCCCAAGGGCAAGCUCUGGUCCUUCCACCGCGACGGGACCGUCUCCACGUCUGACGAGGAUGAACCGGGCCGCAAUAGAGACGAGAGCAGCAAGAGCGUGAGGAGGAACAACAAGAAAUGGCGCGCCUCGGAGAGCAAGCUGUUCAACACGCUGUUCCCCUCUGCCAACCAGGUGCUCUUCGUGCCGCUGUGGAACGCCGCCAGCUCGCAGUGGUACGCCGGAUGUUUCUGUUGGACGACUCUCGAGACGCACGUCUUCAGCUCCGCCGUCGAGCUGAGCUCCGUGCUGGGCUUCGGCACCUCGAUCAUGGCCGAGUGCAGCCGCGUCGAGUCGCUCAUCGCCGACCGGCAGAAGGGCGACUUCAUCGGCAGCGUCUCGCACGAGCUGCGCAGCCCGCUGCACGGUAUCCUGGCCGCCGUCGAGUUUCUCGACGGCACCAGCCUCAACGAGUUCCAGGAAUCGCUGCUCGAAACCAUCAACGCGUGCGGCCGCACCCUGCUCGACACCAUGAACCAGGUGUUGGACUUCAGCAAGAUCAUGUCGCUCGAGCGCUCCUGGCGCCAACACAAGAAAAACAAAGACGGCUCCUCUUCCUCCUCCUCCUCUUCCUCCUUCUCUUCCUCCCUCGAGAUGAAAACAGCCGACAAGCUCUCUGCCGCCCACCUCGACACCUUUGUCUCAACGGACGUUUCCGUCCUAGCAGAGGAGGUCAUCGAGGGGGUCUGCCUGGGUCACUCGUUUGGCCAGAAAUCCCACGCCGCGGUCGACCAGCCUGUCCUGCUCUCCCCGUCGCCUUCCUCUGGAGGCGACGACAACGUCGAGACCCUAAACGGCGUGGAUGUCAUUGUCGACAUCGCCCCCGGGGAUUGGGUGUACAAGAUCCAGCCGGGCGCGCUGCGACGCAUCAUCAUGAACGUGUUUGGUAACGCGAUGAAGUACACGGACAAAGGCCGUAUCUCGGUCCGGCUGGAGGCAGUCGAGAGGUCCGAGGGCCGGUCGCGCCGCCAGGGACUAGAGGACCUGAUCACCCUGACCAUCUCCGACACGGGCAAGGGGAUCUCGGAGGAGUUCCUGCGCGGACGUAUCUACACCCCUUUUGCACAGGAGGACACGCUGGCCGUGGGCACGGGGCUCGGUCUGUCCAUCGUGCGCAGCAUCGUCAAGGCUCUCGAUGGCAGUAUCAACAUCUACAGCCGGCCCGGUGAGGGAACCAUUGUCAAGGUCUCCCUUCCACUGCUGCGGCCGGUCGGGGAGGAGAGCCCACACUCGACACCCUCGCCAUCGGAAGCUCCCCUGGCUUCGCCGCAACAGCAGCAGCAGAGGAAGCAGCAGCAGCAGCAGCAGCAGCAGCCUUCGUUGCCAAAAGAGAUGGCAAUCCCGACGCACCAGCUACGUGAAGGGUUCGUCGGCAAACGCGCCGCCAUUCUUGGCGUCGAUCCAUCGAAUAUGGACGCGGACUCGCUCUGGCCUGUGAUCGCGCAGUACUUGACCCAAUGGUACGGGCUGGAACUCGUUUCGCCAUCAUCGCAGAUCCCCAUCGAUAUCCUGAUUGCAGAGGAGCGUGACCUGACCGCCAAGGCCAAGGAGGUGCUGGCAACCACAGCCGUGACGGCAGCGUCCCUGCCCGCAUUGCUCAUCCUCUGUAACAAGCCCAUCGACUACAGUGCUGCACGCUCGUGCUGGGCCUGUCUCGCCCAGACGGUCGACAUCAUCCGCCGGCCCUGCGGCCCCCACAAGCUGGCCCGCAGCAUCCUCAAGUGUCUCCGGGGCUCGGGCGUGACCCCGUCCUUUGCCCUGUCGAGUAUCGAGCCUCCCGCAGCCCCAGAAGGAGAAGAAAAAGCCUUGAAGCUCCCCGAACGGUCUCGGCUGGGCGUCCAGCCUCCCGCCGCGUGCGACCAGUCACCGUCCUCGGAGGAGCAGGAGCUGCUACUGCUUUCCACCGAGGGGGCAAGACUAACUACCACGACCACGACGACCACCACCGUCACCACAAGCUCGAAUGUCUCCGAAGCAAUCCGCUCGGCAUCCGAGUGUACUGCCUCGACGAAGCCGUCGUCGGUCUCAUCGCAACCACCACCCGACGUAGGCGCUGCUCCCAUGGGCUUGGCUCCUUCAGGCACCCGCGCGGCGCGCAUCCUAGUCGUGGACGACAACUCGAUCAACCUCAACUUGAUGCUGACGUUUAUGAAGAAGCGCAGUCUGGCGGCGCUGGACUCUGCCGAGAACGGCAAGCUGGCCGUCGAUGCGGUGGAACGGGCCGAGCAGGACUACGACAUGAUUUUUAUGGACAUGUCGAUGCCUGUGAUGAACGGCUUCGAAGCCACUCGCGCAAUCCGUGCCCUUGAAAAAGAGCGCCAUGGCUGCGGGUCAGCCAUCAUCAUCGCGCUCACGGGGCUCAGCAGCUCGCGCGACGAGUCCGAGGCGCUGGCCUCGGGCGUGGACCUGUUUCUCACCAAGCCUGUCUCCUUUAAGGAGGUGUCACGGCUGAUUGAUGAAUGGGAGAGCAGCCACUGAACCACAACUUUUACUAACUUCGCUAUACUUACUCACCGAUAACUAUACUCGGGCAACGAUACUCCGCUCGAUCUCGACUCAUCAAUGAGUCCUUCCCAGCAUAUAACUACAACCAUACUCACGUUUUUGUUAUGGCAUAAGCUUGUCUUUAUAGUGAUACCAUCUCCGUCUCGGGAUUUUUUGCGUCUUGCAUCCUUCAAACCCCCCCCGUCAAGGCUCGAAAACACGAGCAGCCAUGGCGUGCAACAUACACAGAGAAAGAAAAUAGUAACCAGGCUU